AUGAAGGUCGCAGCUCUCCUCUCCUCCUUGGCCCUCACCAGUCUGGCAGUAGCGGCGCCACUAGAUGGCGGUGUCGCUGCACCACAAGAGGUAGCGGGGCCUCGUGGUGGAAAGGUGAUGGACACCUACAACCGCGUUGCCAACGCCCACUCCACAAAGCAGAGACUGUCCUCAAACCUCCAAGUCGACUCUGGUGCUGCUGCAGGUCCCGCAUUCGACGUCGCCAUCCCCGCAGUCGAGGAGCUCACCGCCGAUGUCGGUGCUGCACCAACCGUUGCCGAUGCUACCAACAACACUUCCACGCUCAAGUUCGGUCCCGCAGCAGCGCCAUUCCAAGUGGCCAACAGGAUUCCCACUGUCAACUUUACCGUCCCCACCAGCUGGGCCGGUCUGCUCCCUACCGGAUCUGACAAAUCUCGCAACCUGUUCUUCUGGCUUUGGGGUAAGGACAAGACGCCAUCUGAUGAUCUCGUUGUCUGGCUCAACGGUGGACCAGGCUGCUCAUCCCUCGGCGGCUUUUUGACGGAGAACGGCCCUAUCUCUUAUCAGAGCACCACUCAGGGCGGACCCAAGCCUUCUAAGGACAGUUGGACCAAAGACGCGAACGUCGUCUGGGUUGAGCAGCCCGUCGGAACAGGCUUUACGGAGGGAACUCCUACAGCUCGCAGUGAAGAUGACAUUGCCGCCGACUUUGUCGGCUUCCUCAACAACUUCCAGGCCACCUUCCCCGAACUGUUCGGCCAAGGAAAGCGUUUCUUCAUCACUGGUGAAAGCUACGGCGGCGCUUAUGUUCCUGCCAUCAUGAACCGCAUCUACAAGGAUGGCAACAAGUUUGGCCUGCUCGGCGGCUACAUUGUCGAUGGUGUCGUGACUGACCAGACCUUGCAGAGCGAUGUUGUCAUCUACAACUUUGCGAAGGACCCGACCAACAAGAAGAACCUGUACUUCCAGAACUCUGACAUUCAGGCCAUCAAGCGCCGUUCCGACACUUGCGGAUACACGGGCUACAUUGAAAAGUACCUCACUUAUCCCGCCAAGGGCAAGCUGCCCGCGCUCAACUUGAACUGCCGAACUUCCCCUUGGGAGCUGUUCGACCAGCUGGCCACGAGGAGAAAUGCCAUGUACAACGUGUACCGCGUGGACGGCUCUCGCGUCAGCCCCUUCACCACUUCUCCUCUUGGCGAUCCCAACAACCCCACCUCCACCCCCACCUACUUUGACAACUAUGACCUCCAAGUGGCCAUUCACGCCAUCAAGAAGGGAGCAGCUCAAAAGAAGUGGGAUCAGUGCGCCAAGAAACCAGUCUUCCCCAAUGGAGAUGCAAGCCCUCCUCCCGACGAGACAUAUCUCGCCUCUGUCAUUGAGAAGUCCAAGAGCGGACUGAUUAUUGCUCAAGGUAACCAGGAUGCUCUCAUCAUCACCAACGGUACCCUCAUUGGUCUGCAGAACCUCACCUGGGCGGGCCAACAAGGCUUCUCCAAGCCUCCUACUCAGCAAUUCAUCGAUGCUUACGGAGCUCAGUCCGGCUCUUUCGUCACUGAGCGUGGUCUCACCUUUGCUCAGGUGUACAAGAGCGGUCACAUGAUUCCAGCGGUGAGUUCCUGUAAACGGCCUUGGUAAUCCCGAAUCGCAGCAGCGAGCUCACAAAGUCUCAUUCAUGCUUCACUGUCCUCCAGGACCAACCCGGCGCUGGUCUCGCUUUGCUGCAGUCUCUGCUCGGCACGAAAAAGUUGUAG